UUACAUGUAUGCAUGUGAUGCCCAAUCUUUAUAAAUUAAUUUGCGUGAUUGGUGUCAAAUGUGGAAGUCCGGUGUAGGCGGCCAACGAGGAUGUACAAAGAAUUACAUGCCAACCAAUGUACAUUCUUGGAAGUAGGAGCUUGGAGAUUAUUAGUAUUUGGCCAGACCUUCAGUUCACUGCAAAACGGCAUUCAACUAGGGGAGUUAGAAAGAUGAUGUGAUCUGUGAACAGGCCAUAGACUUAUUGCUGGUUAUGGUGUGAUGUAGGCGGCCAUGGGGACAUGCUACUCCAAGUCCGGUCAUGAGGCCGGAGCUACCAGCAAAGACAAAAGGCCCAAGGAGAAAAAAGGGGCCAAAAACGGACAUGUGGGACCAAUUAAAAAACACCACCUUCUUGUGGCUGAGGUGCAGAAGGACAUCAGUGACACUGUGUACACAGAGGACAGCCACAUAGCAGCUCCCAACAUUGAGAACUGUAUGAACAAGAGCCAACAGACCAGUCAGGAUCAGCUCGCCAGGGACGCCAACAGGAACAUUGAGUAUGAUGGGUUCGUCUCGGUGUCCCUGCCUGACAAUGUGGACCAGAAUGACUGUGUGGUCAUAGACAGUACAAGCCCCUUGCUCUGUAAUGAGGCUGAGGACACCCCUGAUAGGGACAAACAUGAACACUUGGCUAUGUGUGAUGGAAAGGUGUCUUCAUCCGACAGCGGCAUCAUGGUGGAAUCCUCAUGCAAAAUUUGUGAUAAACUUGAUGAAUGUUCAGAAAAACAUGGAACUAGAUUAGAAUCUGUUGAAGAUGAAGUAGAAGCUAGUUGUGAGAAGGCUUCAGGUCAAUCUAAGGCUCAAAGUGCUUGUUUGAGUACAUCUUACAAACACUAUAAUUCACAUUCUAACCCACCCGUUGUUCAUAGAGAUUCACAUUCCAGCGCCCCUAGUGAACAUUGCCAGGGUGAGUGUCAAGGUCAUUUAUUCAUCUCAAGGUCAUUUGUAAAUAAGAGUUCGGAAAGUUUAUUGAAGUCAAGCAUUAAAAAGGGUCACACUAAAACUAGGGGACGGAAGCGCUUGUCUUGGAAAUCAGCUGAUCGCUUAAACGGGAUAGAUUCUAUGAGUAUUUCAUUAGAUAGAACUAAAAGUAUGUGUUCUUCAAUGUUAGGUGAUGAUAUAAGCUUGUUAAAUGCUCCUCUGGCAACAUUUGAUUCUGUUGAUUUUGCAAUUGGUGAUAGCUAUGAUAUUUCUAAACUUCUUGGUGACCAGAACAAAGUUCAAUAUGCCUCUGAUACAUUUCAAUUUCAAUUUGAUUUUUCUGGAAUAGAAGGGGAAAAUAAACAGUCAGUAGCAUCAAUAGACAGACUUAGUGAGCGUAGCAAAAUAUCGGAAUCCAGCACUGAUUUGGAUAAAAUAAAGCUGGCCAUUCAGCGUCAGUCCUCCGUAGGAACUCCUACUGAACAUAGAUCAUUCUUGGACACAUCUGACACGAGCUACGAGCUGUCGUCAGCCAUUGAGCAGCCAGAGGUGACCACCAUGACCAUGAACGGCCGGGAUGUGGUUGUCAUUGACGCAGAUCUCUUCUCACAAAUCAUCGAUGAGAUCCAGAGUCUCAAAAUGAAACUGAGUCAACUCACAGAAGUGAUACAGGAUGGGGAGGAAGAUGAAAGUCGGCCAAGUAUUUCUGUCCUCUCAUCUUCAGCAUAAUACACAUGUGUGCAAUUAUCAUUUUUCCAUCAUAGAGAGGAAGCAGUACAACGUAGGAUGAGAUAUCUCACCAGGACACACACACAACGUUCAUCUGGGUUGAAAAAAUGGACACUGUCAGUGACUCCAGGUUCAUAUAGUAGAAGGAUCAUUUAUGUAUUUAUUAUGCAGACUUUAAAAAUAUGCAAUGAAAGUUUUGUCAUUUGAAACUUAGAUAGAAAUUUGUUGUUUGGUGUGAGCUUUUGUUUAGCUGUAGCUGUAAUUGUCAGGAUUGCAUGCACAACAACAUUUCUUUGGACUUUUGAAGUCUGGUCUGUUUAAGGAGCUUUUAAUGGGAACAUUAUUUCUAGUCACAUUCAGGGGUCAGAUAUCAUACAACCAUCAUCAUCAAAUCAUUACUAUGACAACAGUCUUUCAGAAAUAACACUCUCAUCAUCUAUUGUACUAUUUUUGUAAUAAGAAGCACGUGUACAUUUUUUAAGCAACAUGAUUAUCCAUGAGCAGAUUGCUCUUGGAUUAUAUUUGUGUGUUUCUGUAGAACCAAGGUUUUUCUGAUUUUCUUUUUUUAUCGUUUUUUUUUAAUAGACUGGAGACAAUACAGUUUCGGUAUCUUGCAACUAAUACCAUUAAAAACAAUUGAAAGUUUAUUUUAAUAGAUCUUUUCCAUGCAAAGUAAAAAUCAAAGCCUAUUUGAAAAGGAUUUGGUUUCAUUCAAAAAGGCCAAAUUUAUUUGUCAAAUGACCUAAUUAAGAUGUCCUAAAUGUAUCAAAGAAUUUUGGUGUUUUGCUUUUUUCAAAAAUAUAGGUUUUCCAUCUUUACUAUCCAAAAUUUACAAUGGAAAUUACCUAUCCAAAUAUAUUUUCUAAAUCUUUGCAUUUGACCCAAAAAUUAUUGUGCCAUAAAUCGAGUCCGGGUUUGACAUAGAUGUCAGCCAUUUUUUAUAUUAUUAUGUACUUUCACCAAAAACCUUCCCUCUACAGUAUGUAAAACACACAUUAAAUCAGUGUCAUUAAGAAGCUCAUGUUGUCCUUCACCUUAUCUGCACUAUGUGCCCAUCACUGAGGAGUUAAAAACUGUCCAUUGUGAUUGUCUGGGUUUACAUAUUCCAUUGUAGUAUAUGAUAAGUAUAUUUUCACCAUCGAGAGGCUGUCAUGUAAAAUCAGAUACACCAGUUUCAAUAAAGUGGAAUAUACACCUUAUCAAUGAAUAAUUGUAUAUUUGUGAUGGUCCAUCUUAUGUUAGGACUUUCUUUAAAAAUGUCUAGAACAAAAAUAGAAUCUCAAAUCUAAGGUAAAAAAAUGUUUUUUUUGGGGGGGUCACAUCCUUUCAAAAACAGGGAGGGUAGGUAGGCUGCAAUUAUUAUUUUUUAGUUUAUGUCGAACGUUAUUUUCAUAACCCAUAUAACCUUAAAUGAAUGGCCAAUCCGCAAUUGUGAUUAUAUUUUGAUGAAUGCAACAUCUUCAGAUAUGUUUGGAUAACAAAUCACCACGUUUUAUUACAAGUAUUAGACGGUUGAACACCGCUAUUCCGAACACCGUUUAUCCGAAAUUAUCGCUAUUUUGAAAUUAUUUUCUGUCCGGAUUUAUAUCCCGGUCUUUAUUCCGAAAUCGCUUUACCGAAAUAAUCGCUAUUCCCAAGUAAAUAUUACGGUCCCGAUUUGGUUUUUCACACCCAUUUGUCAGUUCUUAUUUCGAACUUGAUCGUGUCAAAGUUUUUUCACACCAUACUGCGAAUGCACUCGGGCAUCCGCUUGAGGUGACAUUGGAGCACAAUUAGCGCUUGUUAAAGAAUGACAUUGAGCACGCAUAUGUAACAAACAUUCAUGUCAGAAAAUGAGCGAUUCAUUUAGGUGAUGUAGUGUGUAUAUUGUAGCUGGUUAACACAAUCGGAAUAUCAUUCGAAAAUGUCUAUCUCAUCUGAUUCGAUCGCCACAUUGCUCGCUCGACCCGCUACCAUACAAUUCGAAUACAUACAUGUGCUGUCAUUUUGUUUUAAAUGUUUAAUGUUGUUUAAAUAAAGAAGUAUAAUAACGAAUUAUUUGUCAAUUAUUAAACACUAAAUCAACAAAUAUUUUUGUAUACGAAAGAUAACUCAAACCGAAUGUAUCGUAUUGGUAACGUGUAAUCGACAUUGCAAUCUUCAUGACUUAGUAUUUCACAUCAUCUAUAAUUCGCGAACGCUGUCAUUUGCUGAAAAUUGUUAAUCCGAAACAUCGCUAUCAAAGUGAUUUGUUGGGUCCCUAUGAUUUUGGAUUAACAGUGUUCAACUGUAUCAACUAUUAAGUGAUUUAAAUUUUCUGGCGUUAUUAUGACAUCAUAUGACAAACUGUUUCCGGUUUCUUUUGGGUUUAUAUCCUAUUUACAGAAUUGGUGAGACAUAAUUAAUGUAAGGUUUUCUUAGGCGUAAAAAAAUAAUAUGUUUCCACUUUCCUGUCUGACUAUGUUUUCCUUUUUCUUCUUGACCCUACGCUUUAUUGUGGAGUGUUGAUUUUUUGUCCUAAUAAAUUUGCAUUUAUUUGAUUGAACAUGUUAAAAUUUGACUAUUUUGUAUUUAAAUUUAUCUACAAUAGUGCUAUACCCUGAUAUAGAUCAAUUUUGAACAGAAUCCAGUGUCUUAUAGAAAGAAAAAAAGUUAUGCCUACCUACCUACCCUAUUUUUAUAUCUUAGGCCUUAUAUGAGAAUUGAUUAUGAUUUUAACACAUCUGGAAAGAAAUAAUGAACUGUUGAUGUACCCGUAAUUAUAAGUAAUGAAUGGCGUGAUUGAUGUUAUUAAUGGGGAUAUGAACCAAGCUGCUUAAAGUAUUCAUGGAUUUUGAACUGCGUUUUUACCCAAAAAAUUAUAUCAGUCAUGCAAUUCAUUCCUAAAACGGUGUUGAAAUGAUCAUCUGUAUAAGGCAUGAAAGCUUUUUAAACUACAUUUAAAACACACACAUUUUUACCAACAGACUAUAAAAAUGGUAAAGUCAGUGCCUAUUAUGUAGGUAGGGUCAGGUUUGUUUUUUGGCCUUACUAUAGAUAUAUGGGCUUCAACAUUGACAGGGACAAUGGUUAGAAUGGCUCAACUCAAGUGCUUUUUGUACUGCAUAUUUGGAUUUGUUAAUGCAAAUCAAAUGUAAUAUUAUGAAUUAUUUAUUUCAUGCAUUAAAUAUUGUUAUUCAGUGCUAAUGUAUUGAUUUUAGUUAAACAAGGAAGAUGUUAUAGCUAUAAUCAGUAAAGCCAAUGGUCUGUAUCAUAUCCAAGGGGUAUAUUUAAUGCAUGUUUGCUUAUGAUAUAAUUUAUUAUUUGCUACGCAAGUAAACUAUUCUUAUAACCCUGCUAACAAAGUUGGACGUAGGGGUUGUUUGUUAAAAAAACAUUGAGGUAUAUAUAUAGACUUCGUGUACACGUACAUGUACCUUAAAUAUUUUUCUUGGCCUACACCACAUUGAGGUAGGUGCGUCAGGCAAUGAUUUCUACAUAAAAAGCAUUUAAAUGGGUUUCCAAAACAACUUGAUUCACAUAAGAAAAUUACAGCUUUUGCAGUCUGCAACUUAGGCAUAGUCACCAAUCCAGUGUUUCAUUUUAAUUUUAAAACAUCAGUUAAUUUAAAUUAAGAAUUCUGUUACUUUUCUGGGGUUAUUUAUGAUGUUGUCUUUCAGUUUUAUUUCUCAAUACACACAUGUAUACAUAUUGGUUAGCAUAUUGGUGAUGCAUAUUUAUGAGCUUAUCUGGUUGUGCCUUUGUUUAAUAUUUUGGUGAAGUUCGCUUGAAGUGAAACUAUAUUAUCUCGUAUGUACACAAUGGUUGUUUUCCUGUAUUUAUUUUAUUUAUUUAUUCACAGAAUUGAUAUUUUUAAUAACUGUUGUAUUUCAAUUUGCUUUCAUUUAGAUCUGUACUGAUAGAUAAGCAAUGAAAAAUCAAAUACUAAAUAUAUAAAUAUGUUGUUUGGCACUUCCCCAAGUUUUCACAAAAAUACCUUUAACCUGAUUAGAUUUUUUAUUACACAAUUUAGGAGUUGGGAAGAAUCUAAUAAUCUAAGUGGGAAGGGAAACACCAAACAAACUGUUAUAUUUUGGCCUGGUAUAGAAUUUGCUAUCAUACUCAAAAUGCCAAAAUGCUCACAACAUUCAGGAUGCUAUUUUCUGCAUAACACCAUGUUUCACUCUUUUUAAAUUUAUGUAUAAGCUUCCUGAAAUCUAGUUGCAACAGCUAAAUCAUGAAAUAUGUGCUAUAGUACCUUCCAUUUUGUUUCUGCAUAAUUGUUUAUAAGAAAAAAAUAUGGUAAUACAGUGUAUUACAUAAAAGCACCUCGCAACGGAUCAGUAAAAAUAUAAUUGUUUUGACAUGUGAGCUAUAAUUAUUGUACUUUCCUUUAUUUGUGUUGUUUGAGCUUUGUAAAUCAUGUUUACAACAUAUUUUUGUACAAUCCACAUUUGUUUUACAAGUCAUAUCAAAUAUUUGUGUCACCUGGGUACAUGGUAAGCAUAUUGGGAUCAUAUUAUCUGUCAUUGAUAAGAAUUAUGCUGUUGACAGUCACCAAAAUUUAUUCACAUGGCCUAUUUCACAGGCUACACAAGUUUUCACUGGACACAUUUCUAGGUUCUGUUUGUAAUUUUGUCAUAUCAGAUAGUUAUAUGAAUAAAUGAUGAUUUUUAA